CGUCUCUGUGUAGGGGUCAGAUACGCUUGUUUUCUGCAUUCCUUCGCGAGUAGUUUUUUAAAGUUUUUGAUUCCAUGUUUUCACACGCUUAAUGCGAGUUUUCGCUCUCACAAUGGAAGGUGAAGUUAUCGGACCUGGGCCGUACCGGGCGACGAAGCUGUGGAAUGAAACCAUUAAACUUUUUCGUGGAGGCAUGCCAUUACGAAGGCACUGGGCGCACUUCCGUUGCUAUGACAGCAGUUUCACAGGAUCCGAGGCUGUGGAUUAUCUGCACGAGUUGCUGAGACACAACUACAACUUUGGACCUGAAGUUACUCGCUACCAAACACUGCAGCUGCUCAGGAAGUUCCUCAAGGCCCAUGUGAUAGAAGACAUCAAAGGACGCCAUGGGACAGAGGACUUUGAAGACAACAGUCACCUGUACAGGUUUCCCACACUGAGUCCUCUCAAAUCUCUUCCGACACGACCUCUGUUGAAAGACAGCAGUGACCUGCCCAGACUCAUCCGCUGGGAUGAUUACGAGGAGCUGCCGCAACAGGAAAAUGUUGCACCUAUCAAGUCUGCUGUCAUGACUUCAGAUCUGUGGAAUAAAAGACACAGCGUUGCUAUUGGAGAUGUUCACGAAUGCAAGCUCAUCCGCAGGAAAGAAGUAACUCCAAAGCAGGUGGACCACAUCUGGAAGUCGAUGACAAUCGCACAUUUACAGAGAGUUCUGGGUUUGAAGACCUUGGAUGGCGUUUUAAACCCAGCACAUGUGAACGGCAAGCACAUUGUUCACAAUGUCGUCAGUGUUAAUAAAACAGGCGUAGUUGUACUGGAGAACAAAGCCGAGGACAUGCCUUAUUGGGUGGUAUCAGCGAUGAAAUGUCUUGCUAAAUGGCCUAAUGGCAAUGAAAGCAGACAACCGGUGUACCCUGGUUUCGAAAGAGAUGUUCUGAGGACAGUAGCAGAUUAUUUCCAGAGACUCAAAGAGCCGCUGCUGACUUUCCAUCUAUAUGAGGUCUUUGUCAACAUUCUCAGUCUGCUGCAGGAGAAGGAUGUAGCCACUGAGGCACUACAAGUCAGCUGCCUCCUGCUGCCACCACCCAACCGAAGACGCCUCCAGCUUUUACUGCGUCUCAUGGCCCGUGUCUGCCAGAAUCCCCAGCUGCCUCCACUUAAUGACACUAUUGCUACCCGCACACUGAUGGUGCAGAUGUUCUCUCACUGCGUUCUGGGCUCGGCAGACGACAUGGACCUGGACGAGUUACUUGCAACCAAACUGGUGACCUUCAUGAUGGAGCACCACAACGCCAUCUUCCAAGUUAACGCUAAACUACGCCGCCAGGUUGAGGAGCAUCUGUCACACCUCAAACGAGCUCAGAUCAAAUAUGCAGGUUCAGAUACAGAUUUCAGCGCCUCGCCAGCCUUUUUUAAACAGAUCAACAGGGUGGAGUCUGAGGAGCAGAAGGUAAUAGGUACGCAGACCCCUCUGCAGCAGUUGCUGGAAGGCCUGAUUGCAGACGAAGAACUCCCUCUUAAAGACAAAAGAAAAAGGCUCAAACAGUUCCAAAAAUCCUACCCAGAGGUCUACCACAAUAGAUUUCCCACUGAGGAAAGCAAAGCUGCUGUCAUACCAGAAAAAACUCGACUCAAACCUCAUCUCAUGCUUUUCAACCUCAAGAAACCUUUUCAGCCUUUUCAGAGAAGCUGGAGUUUCAGGGCCUGAUCUGUCACAGUUCAUGCAUUUACUGCACAAGACAACGCAAACAUCUCAACCUCAGACUCAUGAGACAAGGACUAUGUGACUGUAACGGCACUAUGGACACAAUUAUGGUACUCUUCAAUAAUCACUACAUUUUCCCCCUUUUUCUGUGUGGUACUGUUAAACGUGGCUGAAGUUAAAUGGCCUUGUUGACUGAAAUCAGAUGAAGAAGAUGUCCUUCUAUACAGAUAACGUAGUCCUUGAGUGUUGAGCAUCAUCACCUGCAUGCAACAAUAUGAAUGGAUGACCCGACCUUUUAUUAAUUUCACCUUAUUGUCUAGAUCUGAAACUUGAACUUUAGGGGAACAAUGAUCCACUAAUAGCAAACACUCACUAAUAAAUGAAAAUCAGAUAUGUAUUCAUGUAUUUGUACUUUUUUAUGUACUAUGUCUAAAAAAACAAGAUCUAAAGAGCUAAACUGAAUGCAAGACAUUUCAAAAGUAUUAACAGGUUACUAAAUAUUUAUGUGAUAGUUGUUUUAUUUUGAUUCAAACAAUGUUUCUAAUAAUGCAAAGAAGUAUUUCAUUUGUUAAAUAUUUAGUCAAAUAGUAAUGAGUUUCAACUAAGGCAGCCUAAUUUUUUCUUUUUUAAAUCAUUUAAAUGAGUACUUAGUAUCCAUAAACAUAUCAAGGGUUUACCGAGGAAGGUACUACAGUACCAGUCAAAAAUUUGGGGACACCUAUUCAAUCCAAAUGAAUGUGAAUGGGUGUCCCAACUUUUUCUAGUACUGUGCAUGUGGCAUUGCUUUAUUAAUGUACAACUUGUGUUACACUUCAGAUCAUGAAUGCAUUUGCAACAAACAGGUUAAUACAACCAAUAUGUGGAUGUAAAUUAUAAGUUUACGUUU